AUGGGAAAGUUCUUUGGACUGAGCCACCUCUUCACGACGGUUUUCCUCCACUGCUUCGCCAAUUUCAUGGUGGUUCCGGCCAUCACAGACAUAUCAAUGUCAGCACUUUGUCCCGGAAAAGAUGAAUGCUCAUUGGCCAUUUAUCUCACCGGAGCUCAACAAGUGAUAACUGGACUGGGAUCGAUGAUGGUCAUGCCAUUGGUUGGAUACUUUUCCGACACUUACGGGAGAAAAGUCAUGCUAACCCUCCCCAUGACUCUUUCGAUCUUCCCUUCAGUCAUAUUAGCAUACAGCAGGACGAAAUAUUUCUUUUAUUCUUAUUUUGUGCUCAGCACUCUCAUUGCCAUGGCCAGUCAAGGAAGUGUUCAGUUUCUUGCUCUUGCAUAUGUGGCAGAUAAUGUUCCAGAAAGCAGAAGGGGUGCAGUAUUUGGGAUAAUGUCAGGCAUUGCAUCUUCUUCAUUUGUCCUUGGGAACUUCUCUGCUCGUUUCAUUUCAACUUCAGCUACUUUUCAAGUUUCUGCAGCAAUGGGAAUGAUAUCAUUGGUGUAUAUGAGAGUGCUUCUUCCAGAAUCAAUGAUGAAUAAAAGCAUGCGUUCUAAGGACAAAGAAACUGAAUGUCUGUUGGAAAAAACUCCUGCAAAAAAAUGGCAUCUAUUCAAGACUCUGCCCUCAUUGAAUGAUACCCUUUGCUUGUUAAGAAAUAGCCCUACAUUUGCAAAAGUAGCUAUUGUUGCAUUCUUCACCAAUGUUGCUGAUGCUGGCCUCAUGGCUUCUUUAAUGUACUACUUAAAGGCUCAAUUUCACUAUAACAAGGAUCAAUUUGCUGAUAUAAUGAUAAUUUCUGGUGUUGCAGGAUCAAUAUCACAGCUAAUCUUCAUGCCUAUACUAACUCCUCUUGUGGGAGAAGAGAAGUUGCUUUCAAUAGGGCUCUUUUUCAACUUUGUUCAUAUAAUUCUUUACAGCAUUGCAUGGGCACCUUGGGUUCCAUAUGCUGCUGCCAUGAUCUCUAGUGUGGUUAUUUUUGCAAUGCCAUGUAUGAGGAGCAUUGCAUCCAAACAAAUUGGACCCAGUGAGCAGGGAAAGGCUCAAGGGUAUGUCACUGGCAUAUGUUCCUUUGCCAACAUUGUCUCUCCACUUGCUUUCAGCCCUUUAGCAGCUUUGUUUUUGUCAAAUAAUGCACCCUUCCAUUUCCCUGGAUUCAGUAUUAUGUGCUCUGGCCUUGCUGCUAUGAUAGCCUUCAUUCAGAGCAUCACGAUAAGGGCUAAUCCUCCUGUUACAACUUAUGUCGUGGAAAAUUCAGACACCCUUGAACCUUAA